CUUGAACAUUUUAGCCCGAACGAACAGAACGAGCUGAGCGAGCAAAGCCGAAUUCGCUAAGUGUCGACCUGCGCCCGAGCCGAAUCGAACGAGCCGAACGUUUUCCGGAGCUUGUCGGUAAAUCGGAAAUGCUCAAAGAGGUUUAUUGUUCGCCGAAUCAUUCAGUUGACGGAAUUAAUAUAGUUCGCGCGGUUCGCAGCAUUCGAGUAAUUGUCUGUGUGUUUUGAAGGUACGGCAAAAAUAAGAAAGAGUUAUUUAGUUUUAUUAUUUAAAUAAUAAUUUGAUAAUGGAAUGGAAUAGGGAAGCAUGUUUAAAAUUAAUUGACAUUUAUGAACAAAACCCUGUGUUGUGGAAUCCCAAACACCGAUUGUACUACAAUAAAAUAAAAAAGCAUGACGCCUGGGUGAAUAUUGGUCAAAUCAUGCAGUGUGGUAGUGAAGAGGUAAAAAAGAAAAUGGAGAGCAUGUUGGCAAGUUUCAGGCGGGAAAAAUCCAAAGGCAAAAAAUCUGUUGGUACCGGUAUUAUAUUUGAAAAACAAUUUCUUUUAUAGGUAGGCAAGAAGUGUAUAUAUCCAAAUGGUUUGCUUUCACCCGAAUGGCCUUUUUAUUAGACAGAGAUGAACCAACAGAAACAUUAACUUCUCUCAAUGAUGACACAGAAACGAUGGAGGCUGCUUCGCAAGAAGAUAUUGAGGAUUCCCUUGAUCAAUCUACAGAUAUAAAUGAUGAUCAUUCACAAAACGACAGAGGCAAUCUUGAUGAAAGCCAAACCGUACUUCCUCAAGUGAAAAGAACAUGUCGUGUAAACUUAAAAAAAGGAACAAAACAGAACAUAUCUCGGGAAGAUAGCACUAUUGUCGAAGCCUUUGGAAUGCUAAAAAGCGUAGUAGCAAAAGAAAAGCCAGCAGAAAUAUCAGAUAGUUGUACUGAUUAUGGAAAGCAUGUGGCAAAUAAGUUGAGAAAUUAUUUGGAGAGGACUAAAGCGAUAGUACAGUACCAUUUUAAUAAUAUAUUAUUUCAAGGCGACAUGGGUAAUUUUGAAAUAAAUAGAAAUGCAGCAGCUAUGAAUGUUGCUGCAAACUAUCAGAAUUCGUCCAUAACUUUGCCCACUGGUCACUUUACGACACCCAUUCCAACACCUUCUCCACAAGAAACGUCACAAAGUGAAGUUUCAUAUACUGAUUUGACAUCUCCGAUCAGCGAAGUUAAUGCUCAAGAAGAAACAGGUUCAAUUGGAGCAGCCGCUAAUUUCUUAAGCAACUGGCAAAUUUAACAUUACUACCUACCUACCAAUUAUUGGAAAGAAAAUUCAUUAUUUUCUAUUUUUUGUUGCUUUAUUUUUGUAUUCGUUAAUUAAUAUAGGUUCUAAUAUCACUUAUAAUGCAUAUGUAUUAUUUCUUACCUUUAUCAGGUCCUUCAAACUCAAGGUUAGCGCUUUACAUGUUUCUGCCACUAUGACGCUAAUACUUUGUUUUGAUAUUUUAAACAAAUACUGAAGGCUGGUGAAAGAAUCGCCAGAAGCUAAAAACCUCAAUGUUAAGGCUAAACGAUCUUUAACUGGUAUUGCUUUGCGUAACUUUGUAUCCGUCUUUUGAAUUACAGGUCCAAUUAAAUUUAUCAACUUCUCAAAAUCUUCUGAAGUCAUUCUGGUAAAAUUUUUUAAAUGGAUGUGGUCCAUUUCUAAUAAUAACAAGUUAUUGUUGCGCUGUCGAUACAAUUUUCGUACCCAUUGGCAGCAAUUUUACAAAUUAGAAAAAAGAGCUAAAUGCUACCGCUAACUCAGUAUUCAUAUUCAAUCUUGAAAUUCACUAUCUUACUUUUACCAGCACUUCCGUAUAUCUUUGCGGAAAAAAAUAACAAUAGCAAAUACAUAAACACUUCGAGCAGUUGGAACUUUUAAUGCUCGCGCGAACGGAUCGACCUAUGCUCUGUCUGUUCGCUCUGCUUAUUUCCGCACGCUCAGCUCGUUCUGUUCGUUCGGGCUAAAAUGUUCAAGUCUGGACCCACCUUAAGUGACAACACAAAACAAAAAGUAAAAACAGUAGCAAAACGAAAAACAAUUUCAUUUCAUCCGAAUUGCUUUUUAAUUUACUGUUUGUUAUUUUUUUGUUUUUUAUAAUUACAUGGAAUUGUUUUUUGUUUUACUACUGUUUUAAUUUUUUGUUUUUUAUAAUCACUUAGAAUUGCUUUUUACUUCACUG